UCGGGGUGGGCUCGGCUGGUCCUUUCGCCGUCCCGCUCGCCCGGUGGCCGCCGCGGCCGCCGCCCCGCCGCCGCCGCCGCCAUGCCGGUCUUUCACACGCGGACCAUCGAGAGCAUCCUGGAGCCGGUGGCGCAGCAGAUCUCGCACCUGGUGAUCAUGCACGAGGAGGGCGAGGUGGACGGCAAAGCCAUCCCCGACCUCACGGCGCCCGUGGCGGCGGUGCAGGCGGCCGUCAGCAACCUCGUCCGGGUUGGAAAAGAGACUGUACAGACUACGGAGGAUCAGAUUUUGAAAAGGGACAUGCCACCAGCUUUUAUUAAGGUGGAAAAUGCUUGCACCAAGCUUGUCCAGGCGGCCCAGAUGCUUCAAGCGGAUCCUUAUUCUGUGCCAGCUCGUGAUUAUCUUAUUGAUGGAUCCAGGGGCAUCCUCUCUGGAACAUCGGACCUCCUGCUUACCUUUGACGAGGCUGAGGUCCGCAAAAUCAUCCGUGUGUGCAAAGGAAUUUUGGAAUAUCUGACUGUGGCAGAGGUGGUGGAGACUAUGGAGGAUUUGGUUACAUACACAAAGAAUCUGGGGCCAGGAAUGACAAAGAUGGCAAAAAUGAUUGAUGAAAGGCAGCAGGAGCUGACUCAUCAGGAACACAGAGUCAUGUUGGUGAAUUCAAUGAACAUGGUGAAAGAGUUGCUGCCAGUCCUCAUUUCAGCCAUGAAGAUAUUUGUAACUACAAAAAACUCAAAGAGCCAAGGUAUAGAAGAAGCCUUGAAAAAUCGCAACUUUACAGUGGAAAAGAUGAGUGCCGAGAUCAAUGAAAUCAUCCGUGUGUUACAACUCACCUCCUGGGAUGAAGAUGCCUGGGCUAGCAAGGAUACUGAAGCCAUGAAGAGGGCAUUGGCCUCCAUAGAUUCCAAACUGAACCAGGCUAAAGGUUGGCUUCGUGAUCCCAACGCCUCUCCAGGAGAUGCUGGUGAGCAGGCCAUACGACAGAUCUUGGAUGAAGCGGGAAAAGUUGGCGAACUCUGUGCAGGCAAAGAACGCAGAGAGAUCUUAGGAACCUGUAAAGUACUGGGGCAAAUGACUGAUCAGGUGGCUGACUUCCGAGCCAGAGGACAAGGAGGCACACCAGCGGCCAUGCAGAAAGCUCAGCAGAUAUCUCAGGGAUUGGAUAUGCUUACGGCAAAAGUGGAAAACGCUGCUCGCAAGCUGGAAGCUAUGACCAACUCAAAGCAGAGCAUUGCUAAAAAGAUUGAUGCUGCUCAGAACUGGCUCGCUGAUCCAAAUGGGGGUCCUGAAGGAGAGGAACAGAUCCGAGGAGUUUUGGCUGAAGCUAGGAAAAUCGCAGAACUAUGUGAUGAUCCUAAAGAAAGAGAUGAUAUUCUGCGUUCUCUUGGGGAAAUCUCUGCUUUGACCACUAAACUCUCGGAUUUACGGAGACAAGGGAAAGGAGACUCUCCAGAGGCCCGGGCUCUGGCUAAGCAAGUAGCCACAGCACUGCAGAACCUUCAGUCAAAAACCAACAGGGCUGUGGCCAACAGUAGACCUGUCAAAGCAGCAGUUCAUUUAGAGGGCAAGAUUGAGCAGGCGCACAGAUGGAUUGAUAAUCCUACAGUUGAUGACCGUGGCGUGGGUCAGGCUGCGAUACGAGGCCUUGUGGCAGAAGGGCAUCGUCUUGCCAAUGUCAUGAUGGGACCUUAUCGUCAAGAUCUUCUUGCUAAAUGUGACCGAGUGGAUCAGCUAGCAGCCCAGCUAGCUGAUCUGGCUGCAAGAGGAGAAGGAGAGAGUCCUCAAGCCAGGGCUCUUGCUUCUCAACUCCAGGAUUCCUUAAAGGAUCUAAAAUCGAGGAUGCAGGAAGCUAUGACUCAGGAAGUGUCGGAUGUUUUCAGUGAUACUACAACUCCCAUCAAGCUGUUAGCAGUAGCAGCCACUGCACCUUCUGAUACACCCAGCAGAGAUGAGGUGUUUGAAGAAAGGGCAGCUAACUUUGAAAAUCACUCAGGAAGGCUUGGUGCAACAGCAGAGAAGGCGGCUGCAGUUGGAACUGCUAAUAAAACAACGGUUGAAGGUAUUCAAGCUUCAGUGAAGACCGCAAGAGAACUCACACCCCAGGUAGUCUCAGCUGCCCGUAUUUUACUAAGAAAUCCUGGAAAUCAAGCUGCUUAUGAACAUUUUGAAACCAUGAAGAAUCAGUGGAUUGAUAAUGUAGAAAAAAUGACAGGUUUGGUGGACGAAGCCAUUGAUACCAAGUCACUUCUGGAUGCAUCCGAGGAGGCAAUUAAAAAAGAUCUCGAUAAAUGUAAAGUGGCCAUGGCCAACAUCCAACCCCAGAUGCUCGUGGCUGGGGCCACCAGCAUUGCUCGACGAGCCAACCGGAUUCUUUUGGUAGCCAAACGGGAGGUGGAAAACUCAGAGGAUCCUAAAUUUCGGGAAGCUGUGAAAGCUGCUUCUGAUGAAUUGAGCAAAACCAUCUCCCCAAUGGUGAUGGAUGCUAAGGCUGUGGCAGGAAACAUAUCUGAUCCUGGGCUGCAGAAGAGCUUUUUAGAUUCAGGAUAUCGGAUUCUGGGAGCUGUGGCCAAGGUCAGAGAAGCCUUUCAACCUCAAGAGCCUGACUUUCCUCCUCCUCCCCCUGAUCUGGAACAUCUCCGGCUGACUGAUGAGCUUGCUCCACCCAAACCUCCUCUGCCUGAGGGAGAGGUCCCCCCACCCAGACCCCCACCACCUGAAGAGAAAGAUGAAGAGUUCCCUGAGCAGAAGGCGGGAGAGAUGAUUAACCAGCCAAUGAUGAUGGCUGCUAGGCAGCUCCAUGAUGAAGCUCGCAAAUGGUCCAGCAAGCCGGGUAAGGAAGCCGCUGAGGCUGGUGUAGGUGUAGCUGAGGUGGACGAUGCAGAUGCUGUUGAGUACACUCUCCCCUCUGACUUGGAAGACGAUUACGAGCCCGAGCUGCUGUUAAUGCCAACCAGUCAGCCCGUUAACCAGCCCAUUCUGGCCGCUGCUCAGUCUCUGCAUCGGGAAGCAACGAAGUGGUCUAGUAAGGGGAAUGACAUCAUUGCAGCUGCAAAGAGGAUGGCUCUUCUGAUGGCUGAGAUGUCUCGUCUGGUGAGGGGUGGCAGUGGCACCAAACGGGCCCUGAUCCAGUGUGCCAAAGACAUCGCGAAAGCAUCCGACGAGGUGACGCGGUUGGCAAAGGAGGUUGCCAAGCAGUGCACGGACAAGCGCAUCCGGACCAACCUUUUACAGGUCUGUGAGCGGAUCCCGACCAUCAGCACACAGCUCAAAAUCCUGUCCACGGUCAAAGCCACGAUGCUGGGAAGGACCAACAUCAGCGAUGAGGAGUCGGAGCAGGCAACCGAGAUGUUGGUUCAUAAUGCACAGAACCUUAUGCAGUCAGUGAAGGAGACCGUAAGAGAAGCAGAAGCAGCUUCAAUUAAGAUUCGAACAGAUGCUGGAUUCACUCUGCGCUGGGUUAGAAAAACUCCUUGGUACCAGUAGACACUGGCUGUGCCCCAGGGUGCAAUGCCACCCUUCUUAGAAACACACCUUUUAAGCAGAAGAGAAUAUUUUCGGCUGCUGCUAGGGCAGCACACGUUUCUGGGUCGUGCCUCUUGUCCCCGGGGCAUUUGCCACAAUGCCUGGGCUCAGAAGCAAAAAUCCCCAUAUUUGGCUUGCUCACAUUUGAAACUUUACAUUCUCUUUUGCUUUUGAGGAUUUCUUUUUGAUGUAUCGCCAUAGAAAAGUAUGUAUUCUCCAACCCAGUUAUCCCGUUGCACAUCGUAUAUCACAACCACCAGUCCUUGAAUAUAGCACAUGGACAUCACGUAAGCUCAACUGCAGUUUGGAACACUACCGGGGGUGAGGGUUGGGGGGGAGGGUAGUACUUCCAUCCAGUUCAGCUGCCCUGGGCUCCUCCUUCCUGCCUCCCAGUACUAAGCAUCCUGCUUGCCCUCCCCUAGGAUUGGGGGCACAUUUAUAUGGGAGACAAAGCCCCCCGAAGGGAAAAUCACUUUUGAUAAGAUAACCUCUUUCCUUGCUUUGGGUGUUCUUGCUGAUCAUGCUGAUCACUGGACUCAUUAUUCUACUUCCCUGGGCCUGGUAGGCGACACCUGGAUCUAGACUUUGCUGUGGAAGGGCAGGUGGGGAUCCAUUACACCAUCGACAGCUGGAAAACAGUAGUAACCAUCAUUAUGUCCUUUAAGUGUGUACUAUAGAACAAGAUCUGUACUGAGCACUGGGGUAGAUACGAAAUAUUCAAGUUGGACACCAUCCCUAUCACAGUAUAAGUAGGAGGGAGAACAGCUACCAAUCUCCAUUUUACAGAUGAGGAAACUGAGGCACAGAUAAGUGAAGCUCUCGGUCACACAGCAGGCAAGUGCCUGUGUCAGAGUUGGAACCCAGGUCCACUGAUUCCUCGGCCUGUGCUCGUUCCACCAUGUCCCGCUGUCCCUCUGCCUGUGGCCUUUCACGGAAUAAACCAUCCGCCACCCCUUUCUCACCACCAUUGCCACCUUUCCGGUUGCGCCCAACCUGUCUGGCAUGGUGGGAGAAGGGAGCCAGAGACAUUUUUUCUUCCAUAACAUUUUGUACAAUCAGCAGAGUGAAGUGGCUGUGGGAGGGGAAGCCUCUGGAAAAGCAAAAUAAACCCUUAAACCCAUCACGUGUGGGAAGACACAAAAAGGGACACCAAACCACCUCCACAAAUUAGAGUCCCCCUGAACUCACCAUCCCUAGGAGUGAAGGAGUAGAGGCUGCUGCUUCCCAAUAACAAUUUGUCCUAACAUUGUCCCCCCCCACACACACACAGUUUGCUCCCAGUUUCAGUGGAUACAGGUGUUCAAUUUCUUUUUCUUCUAUAGAAAAUGAUGAAACCAAGCCUCUGAAUCGUGCUUCUAAGAAGCGAUGGGGCUAGUAGAGCCCUUGGAACAGAUUGGGCUCUCAGUGUGCCCCGUGCAGUCCUCCUCACUCAGCGUUCCUUAGACAAUGUGCUGUAUGUCAUGGUGCUCUUUCUUCUGCUGCUCUUGGACCAGAACUACAAGGAUGUUGUCCUGCCGGGACCCAGAGCAAGCAGCCCCUCUCGGCCACUGGGAGCUCUGCCACUACCACACAGGAGACUCCAUCAAGGGCUUAUGUCCUUUCUGAGCUGAAAUGCUGCCUUUGAGCUCUUAGGCCUAGUCAUUUUUCCUCCAUAAAUUGCUAGGAUUUGAAAGGUAUGCUUGUUGCCUUACUCCCUCCACCCCCAAAACUUCAGGAGUCUUUCUCCCUUCCCCCCUACCCCCCUGUCAGUUAGAUGAAGGUAACCCUUCCAGAGUUAAAAGCAAAAAGGAAAUCAUUUUAGACUGAAUCCAAACUUUAUGAAUAAACUGUACAGGUUGCACUUGACCCCUGUAGGCUUCACUCUUCCUGACUUUGCCUGUUAUGGAAACCAUUACCAACAAAAUCUUUGUUAGGAUCCUCACCUCAACUGAAUUUUUAACAAUCCACAGGAGGCAGUGUCCAACACCAUGGUAGGUACACUAAAUAGAUGUAAAUCCAUCUGCUGGCUACUCACUUCUGGACAAACCGGUUACUUUUUUUUCCCCCCGCUCUUGUACAAAUUGAGAAAAGGGAAGUUAAAACAUGUAACCUUUCCUUCAUUAACAUAACAUGCCUCAAAAUAGCCCAAGUAAGAUCUAGCACCUGUUUUAUCCUUUGCUCAUCCUUUCUGCCUAAGUAUUCCUGAAUGCAAAUAUUUCUGCCUUUUCCAAUAAUUAGCCACUACAGGAUGAGUGAAGGACUGAGUGAGAGCCUUAGCCUGAAUGUCCUUGUUUUUCUUGGUCCAUGUGGAUUCUAAGAAAAUACAUCAACACUAUCGUAAGUUGAUCCUGCAAAUUGUCUUCCUCUAUUUCUUUCUACCUACCUGUGUUCAUGUCAUUAGCACAUUUUUAGUUGCUUAACUGAUAUAAAUGCAAUAUUAAUGCCUUUAAAACAUGAACUUAUGCCAAAGAUCACUUUCUUUUUACUAAAGAAUACUUAGGGGAAAUAUGAUCAGUCAUGUUUGCUAUCUAAGUCUUCAAAUGUUUUAUCAGUGCUGUAGUACACUUUAUGCAGUUUGUGCUUUUCUGAACACCAUUACUCAGAAUAUGAAGUAAAUUAAAAUAAAAAGACCAUGAAUGUUGGUUAGAAGUGCUAUCACUAAAAUACUAUGUUUAUAAACAAGGAUUUGUUAUAGGCAAAUAUUUUCUGCCCUUUCAUUCUGUUAAAACAAUAAAAUGCAUUUGUAUAAAUAACACUUCAAAUAAAGGAUUGAUUAUUUUAAUGAUAGGAA